AGCUGUCUGCAAAGACAUGCUCAGGCUCCUUCCCCUCCUCUGGGCAGGGUCUGGCUGUGGCAUUGGAUCCCCGAGUUCCUGGUCUUGCCGGCACUGUUUAAAGGUGGUGCUCGGAGCUGCUGCUCAGACGGCUGCAGCCCAGGACAGGUCGAGCAGGGAGCUGCGAGGAUGGGGGCGCUCCAGUGGGUUCUGCUCUUCGCACUGUGGAGCUCGGUCGCAGGAAAAGGCUGCAAACGUUUAAGCACAAUCCCUGAAUUUGGAGAUAUCUACCAUGUCAAAGGAGUCAUCAGCCUGCCUUACGCCGAAAUCGAGGAGCCCUUCGAAGCCUGGUACAACCUGACCGGAGGAAAGAGCCGGAUCCAGUACUACCACGGGCAGGUGAUAACUUACCAGUUGGGAUCGGUGAAGCCGUACGGUACCAGCUACAAGAUUACGCCGGAAACUACUGAGAUGGAAAUGAACAUCGUGAAGUGCUUCCAGAUCAACGGCACGAAAGAGAAGCUUGUCAAGCCGCAGAGCGUCUUUCCCCACACACAUGGCUUCAAGUUCCUGCGGGAGGAGUACUUCAAAGGGCAGUACUGCAGCGUGUGGCAGGACAUGUCCAACUGGGGCAAGAAGAAGAACGUCUACACCUUGUGGGUGACCAACACCAGCUGCGGCUGGUCGCCCGUCCACUACGAGAUGCGGGGUUACAACAGCGUGCUGGGCUCCCACUACGACAAGUACGAGAUCGACUACAGCGACUUCACCCACAGCUACCCGGCCUCUGCCUUCAACCUCCCCACCAACGGAACGAAGUCCUGUGGGGAGCUCCCCGGGUUGGGAGCAGAGCGCUGGAUCCUGGCCAACCCCAUGCAGGACUUUGUGGGGCAGCAGGAGGACCGGUCCCACCAGGUGUUCCACCACUACCGGAAGGCGUUCGGGAAGAGCUAUGGCAGCGAGCAGGAGAUGGAGCACAGGACGCACACCUUCACCCACAACAUGCGGUUCAUUCACUCCAAGAAUCGGGCCAACCUGUCCUACAAGCUGGCUCUGAACCACUUGGCCGACCGCACCCCGGAGGAGAUGGCCGUGCUGCGGGGGCGGCUAAAGAGCGGGGCCCCCAACAACGGGCAGCCGUUCCCGUCCGAGGGGUACACCGGCCUCAUCCUGCCCGAGAGCCUGGACUGGAGGCUGUACGGCGCCGUGACCCCAGUGAAGGACCAGGCCGUGUGCGGCUCCUGCUGGAGUUUUGCUGUCACCGGGGCAAUGGAGGGUGCCCUGUUCCUCAAGACCGGAGUAGUGACCCCGCUGUCCCAGCAAGUCCUGAUCGACUGCUCCUGGGGCUUCGGGAACUACGGCUGCGACGGCGGUGAGGAGUGGAGCGCGUACGAGUGGAUCAAGAAGCACGGCGGCAUCGCCAGCACCGAUUCCUAUGGCCUGUACAAAGGCCAGAACGGCUUGUGCCACUACAACAAGUCCGAGCUGGUGGGCAAAAUGAAAGGCUACGUCAACGUCACCUCGGGUAACAUCACGGCCCUGAAAGCUGCCAUCUACAAGAAUGGCCCCGUGGCCGUCAGCAUCGACGCCUCCCGGCGGUCCUUCUCCUUCUACUCCAACGGUGUCUACUAUGAACCCAAGUGUGGUAACCAGAGAGGUGACCUGGACCACGCGGUCUUGGCUGUCGGCUACGGUGUGCUCCAAGGAGAGCUGUACUGGCUGGUGAAGAACUCCUGGUCCACCUACUGGGGUAACAACGGCUACAUCCUCAUGUCCAUGAAGGACAACAACUGCGGGGUAGCCACGGAUGCCACCUACCCCAUCCUGGAGUGACCCUGGCGCCAAAACAGGCUGGGGUCACCUACGCCAUCCUAGCCCCACCCACAAGGGUUACCAGGCCUGGGCUGUUAGUUUGCAGGCCAGUGUGGAUUUCAUCCCAGCAGAGACACCCACUUGAGAGCCUAAUUCAUACCGUCCCCCUGCCUUGGCCCUCGUCGGUAGCAAAUCAGCUCCUCGGAACCUCGCAGCACUAAGCCCCUGAGUGAAAAGUAAAGCAGCCACGCAGGCGGGAGGAUGGUGGGAACAUACCAUAGCAAUCAAGGCGGGGUGGUAAUUUGGGGAAGGGGAGAGGUGU